GAGGGAGCGCGAGCGAGGAGGCACGCGCCCGCCCGUCCGCGCCCAGACCGCCGCCGCCGCCGCCUUAGCAGCCAUGGCCGAGCGCCGCGCCUUUGCCCAGAAGAUCAGCAGAACUGUGGCUGCUGAAGUCAGGAAGCAGAUCUCUGGACAAUACAGUGGUUCUCCUCAACUGCUCAAAAACCUCAACAUUGUUGGCAGUAUAUCCCAUCAUACCACAGUGCCCCUUACUGAAGCAGUGGACCCAGUGGAUUUGGAAGAAUACCUCGUUACUCAUCCUUUAGCUGUGGAUUCUGGGCCUUUAAGAGAUUUGAUUGAGUUCCCUCCAGAUGAUAUCGAAGUUGUUUAUAGUCCCAGGGACUGCAGAACCCUGGUGUCAGCUGUACCUGAAGAAAGUGAAAUGGAUCCACAUGUUAGAGAUUGUAUAAGAAGUUAUACAGAGGACUGGGCAGUCGUGAUCAGAAAGUAUCAUAAACUGGGAACAGGAUUUAAUCCUAAUACAUUAGAUAAACAGAAAGAAAGGCAAAAAGGUUUGCCAAAACAGGUCUUUGAAUCCGAUGAAGCUCCAGAUGGCAACAACUACCAGGAUGAGCAAGAUGAUCUUAAAAGACGUUCAAUGUCAAUAGAUGAUACUCCAAGGGGUAGCUGGGCAUGCAGUAUUUUUGACUUGAAAAAUUCACUUCCUGAUGCUUUGCUUCCCAACUUGCUUGAUCGCACUCCCAAUGAAGAAAUAGACCGUCAGAAUGAUGACCAAAGGAAAUCGAACCGCCACAAGGAACUCUUUGGUCUGCAUCCGUCACCAGAUGAGGAGGAGCCAAUAGAACGACUUAGUGUUCCUGAUGUGCCCAAAGAGCACUUUGGUCAGAGACUUCUUGUAAAAUGUUUAUCACUCAAGUUUGAAAUUGAAAUUGAACCCAUUUUUGCAAGUUUGGCUUUAUAUGAUGUCAAGGAAAAGAAAAAGAUUUCAGAAAACUUUUAUUUUGACCUUAAUUCUGAGCAGAUGAAAGGAUUAUUACGUCCCCAUGUACCACCUGCUGCCAUUACCACCUUGGCAAGAUCAGCUAUUUUUUCUAUCACUUAUCCUUCUCAAGAUGUUUUUCUUGUAAUAAAGCUAGAAAAAGUCCUACAGCAAGGUGACAUCGGAGAGUGUGCAGAACCAUACAUGAUUUUCAAAGAAGCAGAUGCCACAAAGAAUAAGGAAAAAUUGGAGAAGCUGAAAAGUCAAGCCGAUCAGUUUUGUCAAAGACUUGGGAAAUAUCGUAUGCCUUUUGCUUGGACUGCAAUCCAUUUAAUGAAUAUUGUUAGCAGUGCGGGGAGUUUGGAAAGAGAUUCUACAGAGGUGGAAAUAAGCACUGGCGAACGAAAAGGGUCUUGGUCAGAGAGGAGGAAUUCUAGUAUUGUUGGCAGACGAUCCCUCGAAAGGACAACAAGUGGAGAUGAUGCUUGUAACUUGACCAGCUUUCGACCUGCUACUCUCACAGUGACGAAUUUUUUUAAGCAGGAAGGAGACCGCCUAAGUGAUGAAGAUCUGUACAAAUUUCUUGCUGAUAUGAGAAGGCCAUCUUCUGUUUUACGGCGACUAAGACCUAUUACAGCUCAGCUGAAGAUAGACAUUUCUCCUGCACCUGAAAAUCCCCAUUAUUGCCUAACUCCAGAGCUGCUUCAAGUGAAGCUUUACCCAGACAGUAGGGUUAGGCCUACCAGAGAAAUUUUGGAGUUUCCUGCCAGGGAUGUCUAUGUUCCAAACACUACUUACAGAAAUCUUCUCUACAUAUACCCUCAGAGUCUCAAUUUUGCCAAUCGUCAAGGUUCUGCAAGAAAUAUAACAGUUAAAGUACAGUUCAUGUAUGGGGAGGAUCCAAGCAAUGCCAUGCCGGUAAUCUUUGGUAAAUCUAGCUGUUCAGAAUUUUCAAAGGAAGCCUAUACAGCCGUAGUAUAUCAUAACAGGUCUCCUGAUUUUCAUGAAGAAAUCAAGGUUAAACUCCCUGCUACUUUAACUGACCAUCAUCAUUUGCUUUUUACUUUUUAUCAUGUUAGUUGUCAACAAAAACAAAAUACUCCUCUUGAAACUCCUGUUGGAUAUACAUGGAUACCAGUGCUUCAGAAUGGACGAUUAAAGACUGGGCAGUUUUGCCUACCAGUCUCACUGGAAAAACCACCACAGGCUUAUUCUGUACUGUCUCCUGAGGUUCCUCUACCUGGCAUGAAGUGGGUAGAUAAUCACAAAGGUGUUUUUAAUGUUGAAGUUGUUGCUGUUUCAUCUAUCCAUACACAAGAUCCUUAUCUCGACAAAUUUUUUGCUCUGGUCAAUGCUCUGGAUGAACACAUGUUCCCAGUCCGAAUUGGAGACAUGCGUAUAAUGGAAAAUAACUUAGAAAAUGAAUUGAAGAGCAGUAUUUCAGCAUUGAAUUCAUCUCAGUUAGAACCAGUGGUCCGAUUUCUUCAUCUUCUGCUUGAUAAACUGAUACUUUUAGUUGUUAGACCUCCUGUUAUUGCUGGCCAAAUAGUUAAUCUAGGUCAAGCAUCUUUUGAAGCCAUGGCAUCAAUUAUAAAUCGGCUCCACAAAAACUUGGAAGGAAAUCAUGACCAGCAUGGCAGGAACAGCCUUCUCGCAUCGUACAUCUAUUAUGUUUUUCGCCUACCGCAUACUUACUCUAAUUCACCAUCACCAGGUCCUGGGGGUUUGGGAGGAUCAGUGCAUUAUGCCACAAUGGCUAGAUCUGCUGUGAGACCUGCAAGCCUUAAUUUAAAUCGUUCUCGGAGCCUUAGUAAUAGUAACCCAGAUAUAUCUGGGACUCCCACGUCACCAGAUGAUGAAGUACGGUCAAUCAUCGGCAGUAAGGGUUUAGAUCGCUCCAAUUCCUGGGUUAACACUGGUGGUCCAAAAGCUGCCCCAUGGGGAUCCAACCCCAGUCCAAGUGCAGAAUCAACACAGGCUAUGGAUCGAAGUUGUAAUCGUAUGUCUUCGCACACAGAGACGUCAAGUUUCUUACAAACAUUAACGGGACGCUUACCAACUAAAAAGGGAAAGGAAGAUGAGUUAGAAAAAUUAUCACUCUUACUUUUUCAUGAGGAGCUGGCUUUGCAGUGGGUUGUCUGCAGUGGCGGCGUUCGGGAAUCGGCUUUGCAACAAGCCUGGUUCUUCUUUGAAUUAAUGGUAAAGAGCAUGGUGCAUCAUUUAUAUUUUAAUGAUAAGCUUGAUGCACCAAGGAAAAGUCGUUUUCCAGAACGUUUCAUGGAUGACAUUGCUGCUCUUGUCAGCACAAUUGCUAGUGAUAUAGUUUCACGAUUUCAGAAGGACACAGAAAUGGUUGAGAGACUCAACACAAGCCUUGCAUUCUUUCUCAAUGAUCUGUUGUCUGUUAUGGAUAGAGGAUUUGUCUUUAGCCUUAUUAAGACGUGCUAUAAACAGGUAUCUUCAAAGCUUUAUUCAUUACCAAAUCCAAGUGUGCUGGUGUCCUUGAGACUGGAUUUUCUGCGAAUUGUCUGCAGCCAUGAGCACUACGUUACAUUGAACCUGCCCUGCAGCCUGCUUACUCCACCUGCAUCACCAUCGCCUUCUGUUUCUUCUGCAACAUCUCAGAGUUCUGGAUUUUCCACAAACGUACAAGACCAGAAGAUUGCAAAUAUGUUUGAAUUAUCUGUGCCUUUCCGCCAACAGCAUUAUUUGGCAGGACUUGUGUUAACAGAGCUGGCUGUCAUUUUAGACCCUGAUGCUGAAGGACUGUUUGGAUUGCACAAGAAAGUCAUCAAUAUGGUACACAAUUUACUAUCCAGUCACGACUCAGACCCACGGUACUCUGACCCCCAGACAAAGGCGAGGGUGGCCAUGUUGUAUCUACCUCUGAUUGGCAUUAUCAUGGAAACUGUUCCUCAGCUCUAUGACUUUACAGAAACUCACAAUCAACGAGGAAGACCAAUCUGUAUAGCCCCUGAUGACUAUGAAAGUGAGAGCGGAAGCAUGAUAAGCCAGACCGUUGCCAUGGCAAUUGCAGGAACAUCAGUUCCUCAGCUAACAAGGCCUGGCAGCUUCCUCCUUACAUCAUCGAGUGGCAGGCAACACACUACCUUUUCAGCAGAAUCCAGUCGGAGCCUUUUGAUUUGUCUACUUUGGGUUCUCAAGAAUGCAGAUGAGACGGUUCUACAAAAGUGGUUUACAGAUCUCUCAGUCCUACAGCUAAACCGGCUACUAGAUUUGCUUUAUCUCUGUGUAUCUUGCUUUGAAUACAAAGGAAAGAAAGUGUUUGAAAGAAUGAAUAGUUUGACCUUUAAGAAAUCAAAAGACAUGAGAGCAAAGCUUGAAGAAGCUAUUCUUGGGAGCAUAGGUGCUAGGCAAGAAAUGGUGCGCCGAAGCCGAGGACAGCUUGGUACGUACACAAUAUCUUCUCCUUCUGAGAGAAGCCCAUCUGGAAGUGCCUUUGGAAGUCAAGAAAAUCUGAGGUGGAGAAAGGAUAUGACUCACUGGCGUCAAAACACUGAGAAGCUUGACAAAUCAAGAGCAGAGAUUGAGCAUGAAGCACUGAUUGAUGGAAAUCUGGCUACUGAAGCAAACCUAAUCAUUUUGGAUACAUUAGAGAUUGUUGUCCAGACAGUUUCUGUAACAGAAUCCAAAGAGAGCAUCCUUGGUGGGGUACUGAAAGUCCUACUGCAUAGCAUGGCCUGUAACCAAAGUGCAGUUUAUCUGCAACACUGUUUUGCUACACAGAGAGCCCUGGUUUCAAAGUUCCCCGAACUCUUGUUUGAGGAAGAGACGGAGCAGUGUGCGGACCUGUGCCUGCGCCUUCUGCGGCACUGCAGUAGCAGUGUCGGCCCGAUUCGGUCCCAUGCCGGCGCCUCGCUGUACCUCCUCAUGAGACAGAACUUCGAGAUCGGGAACAACUUUGCUAGGGUUAAAAUGCAGGUAACCAUGUCACUGUCAUCCUUGGUGGGCACAUCUCAGAAUUUUAAUGAGGAAUUCUUAAGACGUUCUCUAAAGACUAUAUUGACAUAUGCUGAAGAAGAUCUGGAAUUGAGGGAAACGACAUUUCCUGAUCAGGUUCAAGAUUUGGUUUUCAAUCUCCAUAUGAUCCUUUCUGAUACUGUUAAAAUGAAGGAACACCAGGAGGAUCCUGAAAUGUUGAUUGAUCUAAUGUACAGAAUUGCCAAGGGCUACCAGACCUCUCCAGAUCUGCGACUGACCUGGUUGCAGAACAUGGCGGGCAAACACUCGGAACGAAGCAACCAUGCCGAAGCUGCCCAGUGCCUGGUCCACUCAGCAGCACUUGUCGCUGAAUAUCUGAGCAUGCUGGAGGACCGCAAAUAUCUUCCUGUAGGAUGUGUAACAUUUCAGAAUAUUUCAUCUAAUGUUUUAGAAGAAUCUGCAGUCUCCGAUGAUGUGGUAUCUCCAGAUGAAGAAGGUAUCUGCUCUGGAAAGUACUUUACUGAGUCAGGACUCGUGGGAUUACUGGAACAAGCAGCUGCUUCUUUCUCUAUGGCUGGCAUGUAUGAGGCAGUAAAUGAGGUUUACAAAGUACUUAUUCCUAUUCACGAAGCUAAUCGGGAUGCAAAGAAACUAUCCACAAUUCAUGGUAAACUUCAAGAAGCAUUCAGCAAAAUUGUUCAUCAGAGUACUGGCUGGGAGCGGAUGUUUGGCACCUAUUUUCGUGUUGGUUUUUAUGGAACCAAGUUCGGGGAUUUGGAUGAACAGGAAUUUGUUUACAAGGAGCCUGCAAUAACCAAACUUGCAGAGAUCUCUCACAGAUUGGAGGGAUUUUAUGGAGAAAGAUUUGGAGAGGAUGUGGUUGAAGUAAUCAAGGACUCUAAUCCUGUAGACAAGUGUAAAUUAGAUCCUAACAAGGCAUAUAUUCAGAUAACCUAUGUGGAACCGUACUUUGACACAUACGAGAUGAAGGACAGAAUCACCUAUUUUGACAAAAACUAUAAUCUUCGCCGUUUCAUGUACUGUACGCCUUUCACUUUGGACGGCCGUGCCCAUGGGGAACUUCAUGAACAGUUCAAACGGAAGACCAUUCUGACUACUUCUCAUGCCUUUCCUUAUAUUAAGACAAGGGUCAAUGUCACUCACAAAGAGGAGAUCAUCUUAACUCCAAUUGAAGUUGCUAUUGAAGACAUGCAGAAAAAGACCCAGGAGUUGGCAUUUGCAACACAUCAGGAUCCAGCAGACCCCAAAAUGCUUCAGAUGGUUCUCCAGGGGUCUGUAGGCACAACAGUGAAUCAGGGGCCUUUGGAAGUUGCCCAGGUUUUUCUGUCUGAAAUACCCAGUGACCCAAAGCUCUUCAGACAUCAUAAUAAACUACGACUGUGCUUCAAAGAUUUUACUAAAAGGUGUGAGGAUGCCUUAAGAAAAAAUAAGAGCUUAAUUGGGCCAGAUCAAAAGGAGUAUCAAAGGGAACUGGAGAGAAACUAUCAUCGCCUUAAAGAGGCCUUACAGCCUCUGAUAAACAGAAAGAUCCCGCAAUUAUACAAGGCAGUAUUACCUGUCACCUGCCACAGAGAUUCCUUCAGUCGGAUGAGCCUGCGCAAAAUGGAUCUUUAAAAUAAAUGCACUUGUCUUAUUGAUUUGAAGAGAGCCAUGUAUUCAACACUGAGUAUGAAAAGAAGUUAAGAUUUAUUGAAAAACAAGACUUGGGGCUUAAUUCUGGAAAUUCUAGCAUUAAUUACUACUCAUUGAAGAACGCAGUGGCCAAAACAGUAUCAAAAGUAGAUCACUGAAGUUUGAGAAUCAUGGCCAUGGUUUCUCAUGUUCUGGUAAUAUGCUGUUAUCUUUUUUUAAGAUUCAAAAGUAAUGACUCACUAUACAUUUACUAUUAUUUAUACCAUAGCUAAUGUUAAAUUUAUUUACUUUAAGUUUGUAUUUUUUAAUUUAUAUUACCAUUUAUAGAUUCAUUUUGGAACCAUUUUAAAUGUAGUAAUGCUUAUUUUAAAGGUACUAUUAAAUAUGUGAACGUUUACACUAAUUUUACCGAGUGAGACUUUAAAAAUUUUUGUUGACAAAAGCAGAGAAUCUUGAAUUGAUUCAAGAACUAGUUCCAAAACUAGCAAAGUUUUAAAAAUGAAAAUUGACAUUGUAUGGGCCAAAGAGCCCCAAAUUAAAUAAAUGAAUAAAUGGGUAGUAGAUAGA